AUAUAUAUAUAUAUAUAUACAUAUGGCGAAUCAACUGGGGAACUUGGUAGAAUCGAUCAAGUCGAAGGUGAGAGCUCUGAAGAAAUCCAAGAAACCAUAUGUAAAGAUGGACAAGAGCUCCAGCGUUAAGGUCGAAAUCAGAAGCAGGCGUGCCAGGAAGCUCAUCGACGAGACUUUGAAAGUCGCCGAUCGUCCCGGAAAGAAAAGCAUUUCUUAACUCCC